CCAAAAAGCCAAGCCAAGUGUCAGGCCCUGGGCAUUUUUGCAGAAAUACACAAAAACGUGUAGAAUCGUUUAAUUCUAUCCCCUCCUAACCUCUUCACAUGGAAAUUGGCUGCUUUGGGCGCAUGCUGUUUUUCUCCCAGGCCGUGUGUCAGGGGGCUAUUAACACUUGCUCCUGCAGCCGGUCCCUGGGCCAUUUGGAAGGUUGCACGCGUUCACACCGGCGCGCGGCCCGCGGCGCCUUCACGCGCUGCCGUUUUGUUUAUGCGGAGCGAGGGCGGCUGGGGUGCGAAGGUCUGCAAGGGCUAGAUAAAGCCGAGCUGCGACGCUGAAGCGGUCGUCCGGCCAUGGAUACCACGGAGAGCGCCGAGAGCGCGCACAGCCCAGCACGUUCGCCCUCGCGCAGCCGCUGCCCGCCGCCCGCGCAGCCCGGGUCCGAGGGCUUCUGGAGACCGUGGGUUAGAACUCCUGGCGAGAAAGAGGAGCUGGCGGAACCUCGUGCUGCAGAGGUGUUGCCCAGCGGCCCGGGAAUGAUUGAAGCUUCCAGGAAGCUUUUGCAAUACCAACACCCUGUCAGUGUUCCCAGAUUGUUUGGAUGGGAGAGAAAGAUGAAUUGGAAAGAAAGAUUGGUGUUGGAGCAGCUUUUCCACCUAGCAAGUUGUGAAGGUCUAGACUUUAAAACUACUAUCCUUGUACAUUUCUGAUCAAGCAUAUUGGCUAUAUCUGUAACUAAGGACUGCAUUUCUGCUGGACGGUGGGUACUUGAAGCCUGUUCAGAGUCCAGACAUCCUGCCCUCCUUGUGUAGUUGGCUAUCAUCCCCGUGUGUGAUGGGAGUGGUGGGAUUCAUUUGCCUUCUGAAGAAAUUUAGAGAGUGGAAGUCUAACCUUCCGAAUUUUAUAAGAAUAAACACUUACAUAAUAAAUGGAGAAAGAUAAGCAUUGAUUUUCCUCUUAUAGAGUGCCAGCCAGUUUUUAAAUCUAAUUUUUAUCGUGGAUAAAGAUGUCAGAGAAUCGACCUUUGUACAUUGGCAAGCAGGCUCCAUGAAAGCCGUAACAGUGCAGCUCUCAACCCUGUCUCCAAAGUGUGAAAACUAAUUAUUAAGCAGAGAGAGCUAGUGGACAUCAAUUGUUUGGUGACAAUUAGGAUCCCGACCGUGAGGACAUAUGGAAAGUAUGUUGUCUGCUUCUUUCAGACUAUUCUGGCCCAAGUCCAAGUGUUACGACUACUUAUACCAAGAAGCAGAAACUCUUCUGAAAAAUUUUCCAAUUCAAGCUACAAUUUCGUUUUAUGAAGACUCUGAUAGUGAAGAUGACGUAGAGGGGCUGGCCUGUGAAAA